AGGGGCGUAUAUGGCGGCGACGCUGCUGUCGGCCCUGGCUGCUAGGCUCUCCCAGUCGGCGGCCGCCCGCUCCUACGGCGUCUUCUGCAAGGGGCUGACCCGCACCCUCCUCAUCUUCUUCGACCUGGCCUGGAAACUCCGCAUCAACUUCCCUUAUUUGUACAUUGUCGCCUCCAUGAUGCUCAACGUCAGGCUGCAGGUUCAUAUUGAGAUCCACUAACUUGUGACUUAUGCUGCUGCUCCAAGGUGUCCCAGCGUCCCCUGCAGUUCUGUACGAUGCAGAGUUUACAGGAGAGGCAUGCCUUGCGGAUCUCUUGCGUGAACUUGGAAAAG